AUGAACAUGUUUAAAAAAAAUAUAUGUAGGGUUUAUGAAAAUAUAUUCCUAUCUUUAAAAAAAGAAAAUAUUAAUUUCAAAAAAAAAUAUUUUUGUAAUUGUGAAAAGAACGAUGUUAACAAGAUAAAUUUCACAAAAUAUAAAAAAGAAAAUGGUCACACAUUUUCGCAUCUUUUUCUGGAAACAGAAAUAUAUUUUGAAUUCAAAGGCAAUGUAUUUUAUCGAGGACAGUGUUUACGAAGUUUGUGUGAAAUGUCCACAUUUGAUGAAAUAGUUUUUUUAUUGUUAUACAAAAGAAUGCCAAACAAAACCGAACUUGAUGAAUAUAAAAAUUAUUUAAAAAAAGAAUAUAUUCGUUUUGUAGAAAAUGAGAAAAAUAUUAUAAAAAUAAUGAAGAUAUUAAAAAAUAAUAAUUUAUUAGAAUUAAUAAGAAUAUGUAUAUUAAAUUUAUCUUUAUUUGAAGAAAAUAAUAAAGACAUAAAUUUAGAUUAUUACAAAAUUUUAGCUAUCUCACUAAGAUUAUUAUCUAUUUUUUAUUCACAAAACAAUUUAUGUGAAAAUAUAUUUACAAAUAAAGAAUAUGACAAUGUAUGUUUAUUUAUUCUCCAAAAUUAUUCUAAUAAUAAUAUGUUAAAAAAUAAUUUCCCAAAAUUAAAAUGUAAUGAAAAUAAGGAUGUGGAAAAAGUUGACAAAAUAAUGGAUAAAAGAGAAGCUUUAAAAACAGAUAAAGAAAAAUUAUUAAAUGUUUUAUUAACAUUAAUAUGCGAAAAUAAUAUAAAUGAAAACACAUUUUUAUUAAGAUUAAUAUCAAAUAUGAAUGAAAAAAAUAAUUAUUUUAAUAUAUAUUUAUGUGCUAUUACUUUUUAUAUAGACAUAUUUAAAAAUAUUAAUUUUGAUUUAUCAUUCAAAUCGUUUUUAAAUUUAGAUAUUUACUCAAAAGAGUAUACAGAAGAUGAUAUAAAUGAUAAAAUUAUGAACAUACCAAAUGUUGAUUUAUUUUUUUAUAAAAAUAAUUUUUUUUUAAAAAAAAAAAAUAUCUUAAAAAGAUAUUUAAUAGAUUAUUGUAAUAACCAAUCACAACAAAAUGUAUAUAUACUAAACCACUUCACAAAAAUUGAAGACUUUUUUUUAAAAUAUAAAAAUAAGCAUCCUUCACCCUAUUAUUAUUUUAUGUUAACAUUUUAUUUAUUGGAUAUUUCUAUAGACUUAUUACCAACAAUAUAUUUUUUAUCAAGAUUGCCUAGUAUUAUUGCACACAUAAAUGAGCAAAAACAAAAUAAGAAGAUUGUAAAAUAUUCAUCUGUAUAUGUUGGUAAUAUAUCUACUGAUAUGUAUAACCCAUGA